AUGCCAGGAGGCGCGGAGGUGAUCCAGAGGUCUGCCUGCAUUGCCGCACGACACGGCCACACAGCCAUCUUCUCAUUCCUACUGAAUCAGGGAGCCCCAAUAAACGCAGUAGUCGCAGGGUCGGCAUUCGAGGGAAAUAAUGCAGAGCUGUGUCAAGCGCUGCUCAAUCAUGGAUGGGAGCCACGAGCUGGAGAGGUCCCUAAUCGAAGCAUACUAGGCAACGAGAUCUCCUUGCGUUGGUUGCUCGAACAUGGAUGGAAUCCCAACCUUUACGGCCAUGAUGAUAUCCAUCCACUGACCGUUGCCGCAGCAUCUUUCCCGCCCUCGGUUGUCAAAAUCCUUCUCGACCACGGCGUUUCCACGCGGGGUACCCAAGCUAUGCACGCUGCAGCCUCCGUAGCUGCCGUUGACCCAACGCGAUUCGAGGUUCUUGAUCUUCUUUUAGAGUACGACGGAGACGUUGACGAGAUGGAGGUCGAUCCUAAAGGACGAAAGACCCACCGUCAGAGAACAGGCUUCACGGGCACACCACUCCAUCACGCCGUCAAAGCCAACGGCAUAGAGGCUGUGAAAUAUCUCUUGGCAAGGGGCGCCUCCCCAACGGCCCCGAGCUGGUCAGGCCAAAGCGCACUAGAGGUGGCUGAAAGAAGUGGAAAAACCAAAAUAGCUGAAAUUAUUAGGAGUUCGCUUUAA